CUGUUUCCCCAGUAUUCUAACACAGAACUCCAAUCCUUUACAAUUAUUGAAUUUCAAGUGUCUCUUUUAAGAGCCGAAUCUGACGAGGAGCUAGCACGACGUCUCCAGCAAGAAUUCGAGGAGGAAGCUAGGCGACAGCAAGAAGAACAGGCUCAGAGGGAUGCUGAACUUGCUCGACGCCUUGCACUCAUCGAUCAGCCCCACGCAUCGUGCUCAAACGGAGGCGAUCAACAUGGACAUGUGGUUCCAAAAGAGUUGGAACAACCUUCGAGAGAUUUGACAGAUCAGCCGUUGAUCGAUCUCAGCACUGAUGAACAACCACCUACGGCUGCGCUAAACGCUGUGAUAACGCUGCCGUUCGCUUGGGGAGGAGGAGGAGGCUCCGCUCUAUACAACAUUGGCUGCUUUCAUAGUCCACGAUUUGACGCGCGACUGAGCUCGCCAAGUCGUGGACCAUGA